UUUUAUGUUGUAUUUUAUUUCACAUAUUAUAUUUAAUCGUCCUAAUAAUACUUCUACAUUUUAAAGUAGUAACACCUGUGAACUUCUUUGCAGAAUGUGGUCGAAUAAUUCCAGGAGUUGUAAAAGGAAGUAAAAUGAUGAAAUUGUAUGUGGACACUGCACCAGACAAAUUUGUAGGACUCUGCUUAUUUUUCGUUCGUUGUACAAAUGAAAACCCUAUAGAUGCAAGAACUAUACAUGAGGAUAUAUUCUUUAGUGUUUUGGAUGCCACUGAAGGACUCCUAUGUGGUAUUAAGAACAUGAUAGAAAAGAUAUUUCUUCCGGCUAUCCUUGCAACAAACAAUUGGGGUGCUUUAACCCAGACCAAAGAAACAAAAGACAAACAGAAUUUUGUGGAAACAAUUAACAGAUACCUUGCAUUUUUAGAAGGUGCUAGAAUAAGCAUCGAAGGAACAGUUGAGCUGAAAAAAGUAGAUCACAUUGAUUUUUCUAAACUCCAGUCUUUUGAGGAAGUAACUGCAGCAGCUGAUAAUCCUGAGAUGAUUCACCAGCUGGAGGAAGUGCUUAUGAUAUGGUAUAGGCAAAUUGAACGAGUUCUAAUUGAGAGUGAACAGAUGAGGAAAGAGGCUGAUAAUUCAGGUCCACUGACUGAACUACAGCAUUGGAAAUGUAUGUCUGCUAAAUUUAAUUUUAUAAUUGAGCAGAUCAAAGGACCAAACUGCAAAGCUGUCAUUAAUAUUCUGAAUGUUGCACAUUCUAAAGUAUUACAGAUGUGGCAAGAGUUAGAUGCCAGAAUCACAGAUGCAGCAAAUGAAUCAAAAGAUAAYGUGAAGUAUUUAUGCACACUUGAAAAAGUUUGUCAACCACUGUAUAACUAUGAUCUUAUAUCUAUGACACACGGAAUACAAAAUUUGAUAAAUGCUAUACGAAUGAUUCACAGUGUUUCAAGAUAUUACAAUACUUCUGAGAGAAUGACGUCAUUAUUUAUAAAGGUCACAAAUCAAAUGGUUACAUCCUGUAAAGCAUAUAUUACAGAUGGUGGUUUGUCUCGUAUUUGGGAACAGGAGACACCAAUAGUCAUUAGCAAAAUUAAGGACUGCAUUCUUCUGUUGAAAGAAUAUCAGAAAUGCUUUCAUAAAACAAGACAACAGAUUUUGGAAACUCUAGGGGAAAAGUCAUUUGAAGUGUCAGAGAUGUACAUUUUUGGAAAAUUUGAAGCAUUUUGUAGAAGAUUAGAAAAAAUUACAGAGAUGAUAACUAUUGUGCAAACUUUUUCUGCGCUGAGUAUGUCUACCAUUGAAGGGAUAGAUAUUAUGGCAGUAAAAUUCAAAAAUAUCUACCAAAGCGUUCAAAAGAAACAGUAUGACAUCCUUGAUCCACGGAAAACAGAAUUUGAUGUGGAUUUUGUGGACUUCAUGGCAAAAAUUGAAGGUUUAGAGAUGCAAAUACAAACCUUUAUGCGUACCUGUUUUGGGAGAAUUUUGUCUUCACAGAAUGCMCUUCAGUUACUUCAAAGAUUUCAAAAUCUGAGAAUGCCAUGUCUUCAAGAAGAAAUAGCGCGUACAAUUGGUUGUAUUCUUCAGCAUUACGUAGCAGAACUUGAAGCUACUAAAAAGCUUUACCAAAUUCAGAAAGAUGACCCGCCUCUUGCUCGAAACAUGCCACCUGUAGCAGGAAAAAUUCUAUGGGUCAGGCAGCUUUUCAGGAGGAUAAGUGAACCAAUCGACUAUUUUCAUAAAAAUUCAAAUAUCUUGAGAAGUGCAGAAGGUAAAGCAGUUGUUCGAUUAUACAACAAAAUUUCAUAUGUCUUGGUGGAAUUUGAAAUACUUUAUCAUAAUGCAUGGGUGAAGGAAAUUUCACAGUUACAGUAUGCAUUACAAGCUACACUGCUUGUGCGUCAUCCUAAAACUGGGAAGUUCCUCAUUAAUUUUGACCCCAAAAUUCCUGAGAUUGUCCGAGAGACUAAAUGUAUGAUAAAGUUAGGUCUGGAAGUACCAGAGCAGGCAAAAAGGAUGGUAAAAAUAGAAAAUAACCUGAAGUCAAAUAAGUUGUAUUUGGAGGGUCUUCUCCAAUGUUACGAAGAUCUGUGUCAAGAAACACCAACUGUUUUUGUCAACUUAAUGGCACCAAAAAUGAAAAAGAUGGAAGCUGUGUUGAGGCAAGGACUUACCAUGUUGACGUGGUCUUCUUUGACACUGGACAGUUUCUUUCAAGAAGUUGAUGAAGUUCUGUAUAUGUAUAAACAGCUCUUGAAAAAGGUUAAUGAUUUAAGUGAAGUGCAGAUUGAUUUGAUAUUAAAAGAAAUAUCAAAUACUCUUCUUAUUGUUUUACCAGUAGAUGGUCCUACUAAAGUAGACGAGAUGUUGAACAGCAAUGAGCUUUACACUAGAGAAUGUGCUGAGUUACUGAAUCACAAAAGUAUGCACAUUGAAGAUGCUGUUCAAGAACUUGUUUCUGUAUUUGAAACAAUUUAUGAAAUUAAAAAACAGUUGAGCAUCAGCUGCCAGGUGAAAGCAAAGCGAGUGGCAUUUGGAGAUGAUGAAGAGGAGGAGGAGAAGAGUUCUGUAGCUCGUCCUGGUGAUGACAGCAAGGAUGAUGAUAAAGAAGAUGACUUUAAAAAGAAAUGUAAAGAAAUGGUUGCAUAUUUCAGCCACCAGCUGCUAGACAGUCUCCUCAAAGCUACCAGAAUGUCUUUGGAUACUCUUAAAAAAAGAAUAUUUGUCUCAAGUACAUAUGGACGAACAAGUUUUUUUGUUCGUGCAAGCAAAUCUGAAGAGAUUGUUUCUUUCCUAAAAGCAGAAGUACAUUUGGCUAUUCCUAAUGUGGUAAUGGUUCCUAGUUUAGACGAUAUUCAGCAAGCCAUCAAUCGUAUGAUUCAAUUAACAUUGGAAGUAAGUCGCGGAGUGGCUCACUGGGGACAGCGACAUUUACAAAAAACUAAUUUAACAUCAGAAUCAGGUACACGACAUAUUKCUUCAACGGGAAAAUUAGCCAAAAAAGAAGAAAAAGGAGUUGAAGAAGUACUCGUCAGAAAGCUAAGAAAUUUUUAUCCAGGUGUUGCAGAACACAAAGAUAUUUCUAAAUUGGUUGUGCUCCUCUCCUCCUCUGUGAAUUCGAUCAGAGAGGUAGCUAGUGAAGCACUGCAGGAUUUUCAGAAAUACAAAGUGUUGUGGACAGAAGAUAGAGAUGCCAAAGUUCAGCAAUUUCUGGCUAGCUGUCCAUCUCUGACAGAAAUUAGAGCAGAAAUACUUCACUAUGCUACAUUUGAGCAAGAGAUGGAAGAUUUAAAACCUAUUAUUCUUGUUGGGCCAAUCGAAUUGCAUACAGGACCACUGAAAUUAGCUUUGUCAAUUGAAGCCAAAGCAUGGAAGAUGCUYCUUUGUCGUUAUUUAAAUGAGGAAUAUAAAAAGAAAAUGACAGAUAUGAUGUCAUUCAUAACUGAGUAUUUAAAGAAACUUUCUCGACCUCUCCGUGACCUAGAUGAUGUCAGAUUUGCAAUGGAAGCUUUAUCUGACAUACGUGACAAUAAAAUACAAAUGGAUAUGACUCUGGGACCUAUUGAAGAAGCCUAUGCUAUUUUAAACAGAUUUGAAAUUGAGGUUACAAAAGAGGAAUCAGAAGGGGUUGAUACACUUAGAUAUUCUUUUAAUAAGUUACAGACCAAAGCUUCCCUUGUUCAAGAUGAAUUGGUUCAAGUUCAGCCCAAAUUUAAGAGUAACCUACUAGAGUCAGUUGCAAUUUUUCGCGAGGAUGUGUCGAACUUUGAAUCGUCCUAUGAAACGGAAGGACCCAUGGUUCCAAAUAUUCCACCUCAGGAAGCUAGUAAUAGGCUACAGAUAUUUCAGGCUAAUUUUGAUGAACUCUGGAGAAAGUUUAUCACAUACUCCUCAGGUGAACAGUUAUUUGGAUUACCUGUCACAGACUAUGAAGUUUUACAUAAAGUCAGGAAGGAGUUAGGCUUGCUCCAGAAAUUGUAUGGUUUAUAUGAUACUGUAAUGAACAACAUAAGUGGUUAUUAUGAGAUACUUUGGACAGACGUAGAUAUUGAAAAAAUUAAUGCUGAGCUUCUGGACUUUCAAAACAGGUGCCGUAAACUACCUAAAGGACUCAAAAACUGGCAAGCGUUUUUAGAUCUCAAGAAGAGAAUUGAUGAUUUCAGUGAAUCUUGUCCUUUACUGGAAAUGAUGACUAACAAAGCAAUGAAGCAGAGACACUGGACUCGUAUAGCUGAAACAACAGGACAUCAGUUUGAUAUAGAAUCGGAUACGUUUUGCCUCAGAAACAUCAUGGAAGCACCACUUCUUCAACAUAAAGAUGAUAUUGAGGAUAUAUGCAUAUCUGCUACAAAGGAAAAAGAUAUUGAAGCCAAACUGUCUCAAAUAAUUGAUAGUUGGGGAGGCCAAGUUCUGAGCUUCUCGUCAUUCAAAGGGAGAGGGGAGCUACUGUUAAAGGGAACUGAAUCAUCUGAAAUAAUUACCUUAAUGGAGGACAGUUUAAUGAUUCUUGGCUCUUUACUCAGCAACAGAUACAAUGCACCAUUUAAAAAGGAAAUUCAGAGCUGGAUUUAUAAACUAAGCAGUUCUACUGAUAUAAUUGAAGAAUGGCUGGUUGUGCAGAACCUGUGGGUUUACCUUGAAGCAGUUUUUGUAGGGGGAGAUAUUGCAAAGCAGUUACCCCAGGAAGCAAAACGUUUCCAGAAUAUUGACAAGUCAUGGAUAAAAAUAAUGCAACGAGCACAUGAAAACCCAAAUGUGAUCAACUGCUGUGUUGGAGAUGAGACUAUGGGGCAGCUUCUCCCUCAUUUACAUGAACAGUUGGAAGUGUGUCAGAAAUCACUUACAGGGUACUUAGAGAAGAAAAGGCUACUCUUUCCAAGAUUCUUUUUUGUCUCUGAUCCUGCCCUUCUUGAAAUUCUUGGACAAGCAAGUGAUUCUCACACAAUUCAGCCACAUCUGCCCUCCAUAUCUGACAAUAUAAAUGAAGUACAGUUUCACCCAAAGGAUUAUGAUCGCAUAAUGGCAGUCAUAUCAAGAGAAGGAGAAAAAAUUACACUGGACACUCCAGUGAUUGCAAAAGGACCAGUAGAGCUUUGGUUGCUAGAUUUAUUGCGUGUGCAGCAGAAUUCUUUACAUGCCAUAAUUAGGGCAGCAUAUUACCAAGUUAGUGACCCUGGAUAUCAGUUGCUGACUUUUCUUAAUCACUUCCCAGCACAGGUUGGAUUAUUGGGACUUCAAAUGUUGUGGACACAUGAUGCAGAAGAGGCUCUGCACAAUGCUAAAGAUGACAGAAAAAUCAUGCAAGUAACCAAUGCAAGAUUUCUGGAUAUUUUGAAUACUUUGAUUAGCCAGACCACACAUGACCUUUCCAAGUUUGACAGAGUGAAAUUUGAAACGCUUGUCACCAUUCACGUACAUCAGCGUGAUAUUUUUGACGAUUUGGUAAAAAUGCACAUCAAAUCGCCAACUGAUUUUGAAUGGUUAAAGCAGUGUAGAUUCUAUUUUAAGGAGGAUUUCGAUCAAGUCUUGGUAUCCAUUACAGAUGUUGAUUUUGUUUACCAGAAUGAAUUUCUGGGCUGCACUGAUCGUCUAGUUAUAACACCUCUUACAGACAGGUGCUAUAUAACGUUAGCUCAGGCUUUGGGAAUGAAUAUGGGAGGUGCCCCAGCAGGACCAGCUGGAACUGGUAAAACAGAAACGACGAAAGACAUGGGAAAGGCUCUAGGAAAAUAUGUAGUAGUCUUUAACUGUUCAGAUCAAAUGGACUUCAGAGGUUUGGGUAGAAUUUUCAAAGGUCUUGCUCAGUCUGGAUCUUGGGGAUGUUUUGAUGAGUUCAACCGAAUUGAGUUACCUGUCCUGUCAGUAGCAGCACAACAAAUUUAUAUUAUUUUAACAGCAAGAAAAGAAAGAAAAAAACAAUUCAUUUUUUCUGAUGGAGACACUGUAGAUUUAAAUCCGGAGUUUGGAAUUUUCCUUACGAUGAAUCCUGGAUAUGCUGGACGUCAAGAACUACCAGAAAAUCUCAAAAUUCAAUUUAGGACUGUUUCAAUGAUGGUUCCAGAUAGACAGAUAAUUAUGAGAGUCAAGCUUGCAAGCUGUGGGUUUAUUGAUAACGUGAUCUUGGCCCAGAAAUUUUUUGUUCUUUAUAAACUUUGUGAGGAGCAGCUCACCAAGCAGGUUCAUUAUGACUUUGGUCUGAGGAAUAUCCUUUCCGUUCUGAGAACUCUUGGAUCUCAAAAGAGAGCCAGACCAAAUGAAAGUGAAUUAAGUAUUGUAAUGAGAGGACUUAGAGAUAUGAAUCUUUCUAAGCUGGUAGAUGAAGAUGAGCCUCUGUUUCUGAGUCUUAUCAAUGACCUCUUUCCGGGGUUGCAGUUGGAUAGUAAUACAUAUGCAGAACUUCAGGCUGCAGUAGCCAAUCAGGUUGAAGAGGCAGGGUUGAUCAAUCAUCCUCCAUGGAAUCUUAAGCUUGUUCAGUUGUAUGAGACUUCUCUUGUACGCCAUGGGUUGAUGACACUUGGACCUAGUGGAUCUGGAAAAACAACUGUCAUAACUAUGUUAAUGAGAGCACUGACAGAAUGUGGGCAUCCUCACAGAGAAAUGCGCAUGAACCCAAAAGCCAUUACUGCCCCUCAGAUGUUUGGAAGACUAGAUACUGCAACUAAUGAUUGGACAGAUGGAAUCUUUUCUACACUGUGGAGGAAAACACUGAAAUCUAAAAAGGGGGAAAAUGUGUUUCUUGUUUUAGAUGGGCCUGUAGAUGCGAUAUGGAUUGAGAAUCUAAAUUCAGUUUUGGACGAUAAUAAGACUCUUACUCUGGCAAAUGGAGAUCGAAUUCCUAUGUCUCCUACAUGUAAGCUCUUGUUUGAGGUCCACAACAUUGAGAAUGCCUCACCAGCAACAGUUUCCCGAAUGGGUAUGGUUUACAUCAGUUCUUCUGCUCUCAGCUGGAGACCAAUAUUGCAAGCAUGGUUGAAAAAACGUUCAUCUCAAGAAGCUGAAGUUUUACAAAGUUUGUAUGAUAGAAUCUUUGAACCAGCGUAUACAUAUAUGAAAUUGAACCUUAAUCCAAAAAUGGAGCUUUUGGAAUGUAACUACAUUGUGCAGUCUAUUAAUCUUUUGGAGGGUUUGAUUCCCUCAAAAGAAGAUGGCGGCUUAUCAACUAUAUUCCAUCUGCAUAAAUUGUUCAGCUUUGGAUUAAUGUGGAGCUUAGGUGCCCUUCUGGAGUUGGACAGCAGAGAUAAACUUGAAGCCUUCAUUAGGGAAUAUGAUAACAAAUUAGAUUUACCAGAAAUCGACCCUGGCACAAAUCAAACGAUGUAUGAGUUUUUUGUUACUGAUUAUGGUGACUGGGAGCACUGGAGUAAACGAGUUCAGGAGUAUGUUUAUCCAACAGAUAGUGUCCCAGACUAUGCAUCUAUUCUGGUUCCAAAUGUUGACAAUGUCAGAACUCAGUUUUUGAUAGACACAAUUGCAAAGCAACACAAAGCAGUUUUGCUCACAGGAGAACAGGGAACUGCGAAGACAGUCAUGAUAAAGGCAUAUGUGAAGAAAUAUGACCCAGAAGAACAUUUAUCAAAAUGUUUAAACUUUUCAUCUGCCACCGAACCAUUUAUGUUUCAGAGGACAAUAGAGAGUUAUGUGGACAAACGCAUUGGAAGUACUUAUGGACCACCUGGAGGCAGAAAAAUGACUGUGUUUAUUGAUGAUAUCAAUAUGCCAGUUGUUAAUGAAUGGGGAGAUCAGGUAACAAAUGAAAUUGUUCGUCAGAUGAUGGAAAUGGAAGGAAUGUAUAGCUUGGAUAAACCUGGGGACUUCACAACAAUUGUAGAUGUGCAAUUAGUAGCAGCAAUGAUUCAUCCYGGAGGAGGCCGUAAUGACAUUCCCCAGCGUUUAAAAAGACAAUUUUCUGUAUUCAAUUGUACAUUGCCCUCCAAUACAUCCAUAGACAAAAUUUUUGGUGUUAUUGGCUGUGGAUACUUUCAUCCAUGUAGAAAAUUCAGUUCUGAAGUAUGUGAUAUGGUGAAAAAAUUGGUUCCAGCAGGCAGAAUAUUAUGGCAGUGGACAAAGACAAAGAUGCUGCCUACACCAUCUAAAUUUCACUAUAUCUUCAACCUUCGAGACCUUUCUAGAAUUUGGCAAGGAAUGAUCACUAUAAAGGCAGAAGAAUGCAGUGACAUCAAUGUCCUUACAACACUUUUUAAGCAUGAAUGUACUAGAGUAAUUGCUGACAGAUUUAUUACUGAGGAAGAUAGAGCUUGGUUUGACAAAACUAUUAUUAAAGCAAUUGAGGAAUAUGUGGAUACAGGCCUAGCAGAAGUUGUUCAAGCUGAACCGUAUUUUGUAGACUUUUUGCGGGAGAUGCCUGAACCAACUGGUGAAGAACCAGAAGAUUUUGUAUUUGAACCACCAAAAAUCUAUGAGGAGAUCCCAAGCUUUGAAUUUCUUUGUGAAAAACUGCAAAUGUAUCAGAGACAAUACAAUGAAUGUAUUAGAGGAUCUUUUCUUGAUUUGGUGUUUUUUAAAGACGCAAUGACACAUCUUGUUAAGAUUUCCCGGAUAAUUCGGACAGCAUGUGGAAAUGCCUUACUAGUUGGAGUUGGUGGUUCUGGAAAACAAAGUCUUUCAAGGUUGGCCACCUUUAUUGCAGGGUAUAAAAUAUUUCAGAUCACUUUAACCAGAUCCUAUAAUGUAAGCAAUCUCACAGAUGAUUUAAAAUUACUGUAUAGAACAGCUGGAGCAGAAGGAAAAGGCAUCACUUUUAUUUUCACUGAUAAUGAAAUAAAAGAGGAAUCAUUUUUGGAAUACCUUAACAAUCUUCUAUCUUCAGGCGAGAUUGCKAAUUUAUUUGCUCGGGAUGAGUUAGAUGAAAUCACUCAAGGACUGAUACCUCUAAUGAAAAAAGAGAUGCCUCGAUGUCCUCCAACUUUUGAUAAUCUUUAUGAGUAUUUUAUAACUCGGGCAAAGAAGAACUUGCAUGUUGUCCUCUGCUUUUCUCCGGUUGGUGAGAAAUUUCGUGCACGUUCUUUGAAAUUUCCUGGCCUCAUAUCAGGUUGCACCAUGGACUGGUUCAGUCGAUGGCCUAAGGAAGCUCUUGUUGCUGUGGCCAGUUACUUUCUGUCGGAAUUUAAUAUGGUUUGUUCUGCAUCAGUUAAAACAGAAAUAGUAGAAACCAUGGGUCUCUUUCAUGAUAUUGUUUCAGAAAGCUGCGAGAAUUACUUCCAAAGGUAUCGAAGAAGAGCUCAUGUGACACCUAAAUCUUAUCUCUCUUUCAUCAAUGGCUACAAGGAUGUUUAUACUGAAAAGUUAGCAAAUAUUAAUGAACAAGCUGAACGUAUGCAAAUUGGUCUGUCUAAGUUGAUGGAGGCCAGUGAAUCUGUUGCUAAACUCUCUCAGGAGUUGGCCGUUAAGGAGAAAGAGCUGGCUUUGGCUUCUGUAAAAGCAGACAAAGUACUAGCAGAAGUCACAGUCAGUGCUGAAGCUGCAGCUAAAGUAAAAAAUGAAGUGCAAGGUGUGAAAGAUAAAGCACAAAAAAUUGUAGAUGAAAUUGAUUCCGAAAAAGUGAUAGCAGAGAGUAAAUUGGAAGCAGCUAGGCCAGCGUUGGAAGAAGCGGAGGCUGCACUGAAUACCAUCAGACCAGCGGAUAUAGCUACUGUUAGAAAACUUGCAAAACCUCCCCAUCUAAUUAUGAGGAUCAUGGACUGCUGUCUGUUACUAUUUCAAAAGCAAGUAGAUCCAGUUACCAUGGAUCCAGAAAAGCCUUGCUGCAAGCCAUCAUGGGGGGAGUCAUUGAAAAUUAUGAGUGGCCCAUUUUUGCAGAGUCUCCAACAGUUUCCUAAGGAUACAAUCAAUGAAGAGACAGUAGAAUUCCUCCAGCCCUAUUUUAACAUGGAGGACUACACACUGGAGUGUAGUAAAAAAGUAUGUGGGAAUGUGGCAGGACUCCUCUCAUGGACACAGGCAAUGGCGAUAUUUUAUGGUGUUAACAGAGAAGUAUUGCCCCUUAAGGCUAACUUAGCAAAACAGGAAGGACGCCUCAAAGUAGCUAAUGCAGAAUUAGCAAAGGCUCAGGAAGUACUGGAUGAAAAGCAAGCUGAACUUGAUAAAGUGCAGGCCAAAUUUGAUGCAGCRAUGAAGGAGAAAAUGGACUUACUGAAUGAUGCAGAAACAUGCAGAAGAAAGAUGCAAGCAGCCUCUGCACUUAUAGAUGGAUUGAGUGGAGAGAAAGUUAGAUGGACUCAGCAAAGUAAAGAGUUUAAAUCUCAGAUUAACAGACUUGUGGGAGAUGUAUUGCUCUGCACAGGUUUUCUUUCAUACUGUGGACCUUUUAAUCAAAACUUCAGGAAUCUUUUGCUUAAAGAUUUAUGGGAAACAGAGAUGAAAGCCCACAAAAUACCCUUCUCUAAGGACUUGAAUCUGAUCUCUAUGUUGGUAGAUCAACCAACGAUUAGUGAGUGGAAUCUUCAAGGACUGCCUGGAGAUGAUCUCUCAAUUCAGAAUGGUAUCAUUGUCACUAAGGCAACUAGAUACCCRCUAUUGGUCGACCCACAAACUCAAGGGAAAACAUGGAUAAAAAAGAAAGAAGAGGAUAAUGAAUUACAGGUGACAACUUUGAAUCACAAGUAUUUCCGUACACACCUAGAGGAUAGUCUUUCACUGGGACGAUCACUUGUGAUUGAAGAUAUAGGUGAAGAGUUGGAUCCAGUCCUUGAUAAUAUAUUAGAGAAGAAUUUCAUAAAAUCUGGAACUUCUUUCAAGGUGAAAGUUGGUGAUAAAGAAGUAGAAGUAAUGAAUUCCUUUAGACUGUACAUUACUACAAAGCUACCCAAUCCUGCUUUCACACCUGAAAUUAAUGCAAAGACAUCAGUUAUUGAUUUUACUGUUACAAUGAAAGGACUUGAGAAUCAAUUACUGAGAAGAGUAAUUCUUACUGAAAAACAGGAACUGGAGGCAGAGCGAAUUAAGCUCAUGGAAGAUGUAACCUUUAAUAAGAGAAAGAUGAAAGAACUGGAAGACAAUCUUCUGUACAAACUAAGUGCAACCAAAGGUUCUUUAGUAGAUGAUGAGUCUUUGAUUGGUGUUCUCAGAACAACUAAGCAAACAGCUGCUGAAGUAGCUGAAAAGUUGGCUGUGGCAGCAGAAACUCAGGUGAAGAUUAACACUGCUCAGGAGGAAUAUCGACCUGCUGCCACACGUGGAAGCAUUCUUUAUUUUCUUAUUACAGAAAUGAGCAUGGUUAAUAAUAUGUACCAAACUUCACUGGCUCAGUUCUUGAAGUUAUUUGAUCAAUCUAUGGCCAGAUCAGAGAAGUCUCCAUUACCUCAGAAAAGAAUCUCAAAUAUUAUUGAGUUUCUUACGUUUGAAACUUAUGCAUACUCUGUCAGAGGCUUGUACGAAAAUCACAAAUUCCUCUUUACCCUCCUCCUGACGCUAAAAAUAGACCUUGAGAGAGGACAUGUGAAAAACAGAGAGUUUCAUGCACUUAUCAGAGGAGGUGCGGCAUUGGAUCUAAAAGCUUGCCCACCCAAACCAUUCCGGUGGAUUCUUGACAUGACAUGGCUAAACCUAGUGGAAUUGAGCAAACUUCCACAGUUUGCAGAAAUUAUGAAUCAGGUUGCUCGUAAUGAAAAGGGAUGGAAAAGUUGGUUUGAUAAAGAUGCUCCUGAGGAAGAAGUGAUACCUGAUGGAUAUAAUGAUUCACUUGAUACCUGUCGCAAACUUUUACUUAUCAGGUCUUGGUGUCCAGACCGCACUGUUUCCCAAGCCAGGAAAUACAUAGCAGAUUCCUUGGAUGAGAAAUACACAGAACCAGUUAUUUUGAAUUUAGAAAAAACUUGGGAAGAAAGUGACAAACGAACACCUCUCAUCUGUUUCUUGUCUAUGGGAUCUGACCCAACUAUUCAGAUUGAUUCAUUGGCUAGGAAGCAUAAACUAGAAUGUAGGACCAUCUCUAUGGGUCAAGGCCAAGAAGUUCAUGCACGCAAAUUCACUCAAAUGGCAAUGCAUCAGGGAGGCUGGGUGUUACUGCAGAAUUGUCAUCUUGGACUGGAUUUCAUGGAUGAGCUCCUGGAAACACUUCUUGCUGCUGAGAUACCGAAUGAGACAUUUCGAGUUUGGAUAACUACUGAACCACAUCCUAAAUUCCCAAUUACACUACUACAGAUUGCUAUAAAGUUCACAAAUGAGCCUCCCCAAGGUGUGCGUGCUGGUUUGAAAAGAACAUUUUCAGGAAUUAAUCAGGAUCUGCUAGAUGUUAGCAAUAUGCCUAUGUGGAAGCCUUUGCUUUACACUGUAGCAUUCCUGCAUUCUACUGUUCAGGAGAGGCGCAAAUUUGGCCCUUUGGGUUGGAAUAUUCCCUAUGAAUUUAACUCAGCAGACUUUACAGCCAGCGUUCAGUUUAUACAGAAUCACCUGGAUGAGUGUGACAUCAAGAAGGGUAUAUCAUGGAGCACAGUACGCUACAUGAUUGGAGAAGUGCAAUAUGGAGGCAGAGUCACAGAUGACUUCGAUAAGCGUCUUCUUAAUUGCUUUGCAAGGGUGUGGUUUAAUGAAAGGAUGUUUGACAGCAGUUUCUGUUUUUACACUGGAUAUAAAAUUCCAGUGUGCAAGACACUGGAACAGUAUUUUGAAUACAUUCAGUCACUCCCUGCCAUGGACAGCCCAGAGGUGUUUGGUCUUCAUCCUAAUGCUGAUAUUACAUACCAAAGUAACACAGCAGCUGACGUUCUCGACACUAUUACCAAUAUUCAGCCUAAAGAAAGUGGUGGAGGAGUUGGAGAAACUCGUGAAGCCAUUGUUUAUCGUUUGGCUGAAGACAUGCUGGAGAAACUGCCACCUGAUUAUGUACCUCAUGAGGUAAAAGCUCGUUUAAUUAAAAUGGGACAACUUAACUCUAUGAAUAUUUUUCUUCGGCAAGAAAUUGACCGAAUGCAAAAGGUCAUCACAGUACUCCGAAACAGCCUGAAUGAUCUUAAGUUAGCUAUAGAAGGAACUAUUAUUAUGAGUGAGAAUUUGAGAGAUGCUCUUGAUAAUAUGUAUGACGCUCGAAUUCCUCAAAUAUGGAAGAGAGUAUCUUGGGAUUCUUCAACACUUGGCUUCUGGUUUACUGAACUUUUGGAAAGAAAUAAUCAGUUUUCUAAUUGGAUAUUUGAAGGAAGACCAAAUGUGUUUUGGAUGACUGGAUUCUUUAAUCCACAAGGAUUCCUGACAGCAAUGAGACAAGAAGCAACACGAGCACAUAAAGGCUGGGCUUUAGAUACAGUUACAAUACAUAAUGAAGUGCUAAAGCAAACMAAAGAGGAAAUCACAGUGCCUCCUUCGGAAGGAGUGUACAUUUAUGGUCUUUACUUGGAAGGAGCUGGCUGGGACAGACGAAAUGGUAAACUCGUUGAAUCUACACCAAAGAUCCUUUUUGUACAGCUCCCUGUGGUGCAUAUAUUUGCUAUUAAUACAGCCAUUCCUAAGGAUUCCAAACUCUAUGUCUGUCCUAUUUACAAGAAACCCAGGAGGACAGAUCUGACCUAUAUUACUGUGAUCUACUUAAGGACAAUACUAUCUGCAGACCAUUGGAUAUUGAGAGGAGUGGCUCUCCUGUGUGACAUCAAGUAAACCUUGUUCUUCAGCCAUAAGAGAAAUACACACUAUAUGCCACCCGUAAUCAAAUACGUGUGUAAUUCUAUUGCCUCUUUUUUGUUGUUUUUUUUUUCUCUGACCAUCAGCCUUUAGAUCUCUCAAUGCUGACUUACA